UGGGCCAGGAUGCUGACUGGAUGUAUCUAUUGGUCAGGCCUUUGAGUCGCGGCUAAGGGAGGCCUGCGCCUUCUUCCUUCGGCGCUCCGUGCGCUUCGUACUCGCCGAGCUUGCAGCAUAAAUGGAUUCUCUGCCGUGAGUUUUCUGAGGCGAGGUAGUUGCAGUGGCUUGACGUGGCUUCCCUCUACACCAGCAGAUGUGUCUCCUGUCAUGGUGAGUGAGAGGCAAAAUGGCAAUGUGCUAGUCCAUCUUGAACUCAAGCUGCAGGCCUGUCCUGAGGAGUUAAUCCGGGAGCGGCAUGGCCCCAUUGGACAUACUGAGUACUUGAUUCGCUGGAAUGUCGUCAACUUGGAGAAUGGUAUGGGAAGCAGCACCAGUGCCUCUCCCACAGAGAACACAGUGGAAAACAUCCUGAUGUGGAUGUCAGCAGAUGAUGUUUAUGCAAACUGUCCCAUGCUGCUGGGUAUCAGGAAGCACAAGGAGCAGCAGGAGAGGAAAGCAUCAUUCCUUCCUGAUGUCUUGCUGGAUGAGGCCUCAUUUUUGGAGAUGAAGGCUGAUGUCAGGAACCUGGUGCAGCGGGCUGCUGAGCAGAUGGUCAGCGCCACAGUGUCUCAAGCCUCCAUCCUUAAUACAAUGCAUGUGCUCAGUGCCUAUGCCAGUAUAAGCUCGCUGACAGGUGUCUUCAGGGAGACAGGUGCCCUGGAUCUGCUGAUGACGAUGUUGUGUAACGAGGAUAAGCAAAUUCGGUGCAGUGCUUCCAAGAUGCUGAAGGCUCUGGCUUCCCAUGAUACCGGAAGCAGAGCCUAUGUUCUCUUGUCCCUGAGCCAGCAGGAUGGUAUUGAACACCACAUGGACUUCGACAGUUGCUACACCCUCCUUGAGCUGUUUGCAGAGACAACAUCCUCAGAAGAGCACUGUAUGUCCUUUGAAGGGAUCCCCCUUCCUCAGAUUCCAGGGAAAUUACUUUUUUCUCUGGCCAAGCGAUACCUCUGUGUUACCUUCCUGAUGGGCAAGCGGAACAGCACUACUGAACCAGGAGGGGAACAGGAGGGCUCUGUGGCUUCUACUGCAAAUUGCAGGGAACAGAGAAGGACGCAAUGUGAGUUUGACUUCAGCAUGGCCAUGGCCAGCCUCAUGUCAGAGUUGGUGCAGGUUAUGGGCUGGGAUCAUAAUCGAGAGCUCACAGAAAGGCAGCCUCAAGUUGCUCAGUCUAUCUUCCAGCCCCAAGUUCCCACCUAUGCCACCAUCCAGUCAGCCACACACCUGCCCCAGAAAGAGGUCUGUACCUUCAAGACACGCUCUGCCUUUCCCAGUUGCAGUGGCUAUGUGGAAUACAUGCAAGAGAAGCUGGUGCAUGGCAUGCGCGUGCGCAUGUUGGAAGACUACGAAAAAAUCUGUGCAGGAGAUGAGGGGGAGUUCCUUCACAGCAAUAAUGGCACCCCUCCUGUUCAGGUUCAUUGGGAAUCUCUGGGUCAUACAUAUUGGGUUCAUUGGCACAUGAUUGAAAUUAUUGGUACAUCAGGACAGGCAGAACAGAAGGCCCAGGAAAAAGCAUCCAGCCUUACAAAGACUCUGAGACAGGAUACAGCUUCAGCUAACCCGGCAUUAUACCGUAAACCAGUUUCGGGGCUGUACUCCCUUCCGUACUUGACAGACCGGAUGAAUGAGAAAUCUGGGACUCUGAAUCGGGCUGAAUGGUGGGAGCUGCUCUUCUUCAUUAAGAAAUUAGAAGCUCAGAAGCAACAAGAAAUUAUUCAGUUCAUUCAGCAGAACCAGAAGCUGUCAGAGCUUAAUGAAGAAGGCCUAAUCCAGCUGUCUGUGCCAGUGGAGUUGGCUCAGAAAGUGCUGCAGCUGCUGAGCCAGCAGUGCCUGGGAUGUACUCAACGGGACCUGCAACGUUCUCGUGUCUUUCUCAAGUAUUGUCUCAGCAAAGAACAGGCAAGGCAGGACUGCCAAAGUGGGAGUGAGACCCGUGCGAAGUCUGGCAGCCUUUCUGAACCUAUGGCAUUCAAAAUGACAAAGGAGUUACCCUAUACUGAAGAAACUUUGCUGGUUCCAUCUACAAUGGAGAAAACAGACACACAAUUGAAUAAGGAGCUUUUCAAAGUGGAGGAACUUUAUUUCCCAGAAACACUGGAUGAAAAAGCCAAAGUUUUCUGCAGUGUGAAAGUGGCAGGGAAGAAAAGCACCUUGGAGCAGCUGGCAGAGGUCGUGGAGGUGAUCCAGGAGUCCGGUUGUGGCAUGGUGCUGCAGAUGGCAGGCCUCAGAUUUAUCACCAAGAUCAUGGAAGAGGAGCCUGGGCAACAGAGACAGCUCAUCAGAGCAGAGGAUGAACUCACCAUCCGGGAGAAAACUAUCAAGAUGCUGGUGGAGCUGCUGAGCUGCCGAGCAGAGAAACUGCUAAUCGUGUUGGUGCUGCGGGUGCUGUAUGUGCUCCUGGCAAAAUAUGACUGGCGCCUAUUCUUUGCCACCAAAGAAGGGAUACGUGCCAUGCUACGCUGCAUGCUAGAGUACCCUACAUCAGCACUAGUGCAGCAAGCUGGCCUGGCAGUGCUGAAGGUACUUUGUGGUGUUGGGAACUCUGAGCUAUCAGGUGCCAGUGGGAUGUCCUACCCUCUGAACCAGUCCGAUGCCCGGAUGAUGCAGGAGAUCUUUGCCAACAUUGGUUCUGCUUCCAGCAAAGUGGCCGACAACUUGCUCUGUGCUAUUCCUGCUGCUAUUGAAAAGAUGUUGGGCACACCUGGUGCUUUGUCAGCAGUACAAAAUGGGCUCUUGGUGCUGAACGUGCUGAUCAACAAUCACAAGGGUCUGGCCGAGCAGCUGGGAAACCAUGACGUCCAUUCAGUUUUGCAGAACUGCUGCCGCUCAGGCCAGAAGUCCAAUGCGAUGCUGGCUCGAAUAGUGCUGAGCCACCUGGCUCAGCAUAAGCUGCCCCUGAGCCAGGAGAAGGCAGACUCUGCAGCCUCCAUCAACCUCAAGGAGACUGAUGUGACAGAGUUGCUGAGCAGCCUGCAUGAGAGCAGCAUUUCCAAGGAGAUGGUGGCAGUGCUCAAGUGCUGUCUGCGUGGCAGGGGUGUCUGCCCUGAGGAAGACAACUUUGAGUUUUUCACAGAUGUGCUGCUGCUUAGAGAAUUGGCACAGGUGGCAUCUGAGAAAGAUGUACAGCUGGCAGCAUUAAAGCUUUUGAACAAGAGUUUGGCUAGUUCCUGGCGGGAUACAGUGUCCUGGCAUUCAUGCAUCGAGCCAUGUUUGUCUUCCAUGAGUGCCCACAUAAAUGAUCGAGAGGUUGUUCAGGGGUUCAUCAAUUUCCUGUACAGCCUCGCCACUCUCAAAAAAGAUUGUGCUGUCAUGAUGUGCUCUAUGCACACUAAGGAAGCCUUGACUAAAGUCCUGGAGAAACACAGCUCCAGUUUGUUGCUGGUGACGGAAUUGAGGGACCUCAUGAGCAACUGUGAGAAAUAUGCUUACCUGUAUAAGAAGAUGACAUCCAGUAUCCUGGCUGGCUGCAUCCAGAUGGUUCUGGCUCAGGUAGAAGAACAUAGGCAGAGCCGUCAGCCUAUCAACAUCCCACUCUUUGAUGCAUUCCUGCGUAACCUCUGCCAAGGCUGCAGCGUGGAAUUAAAAGAGGACAAGUGUUGGGAGAGAGUGGAAGUUUCCUCCAACCCCCAUCAGGCCAACAAGUUGGUGGACGGGAACCCCAAGACCUACUGGGAAUCAAAUGGCAGCACCAGCUCCCACUACAUUAAUGUCUAUUUGUGCCACGGAGCAAUAGUCCAGAAGAUGUCUCUGCUGGUGGCCAGUGAGGACUCCAGCUAUAUGCCAGCCCGGAUUAUGGUCAUGGGAGGGGAGAACGCCUCCAGCAUCACCACCAAGCUCAGUACGGUGACUGUUCCACCAUCGGCCAGCAGAGUGAUCCUCUUGGAGAACAUGACCUGCUUCUGGCCGGUCAUACAGAUUAAGAUCAAGCGCUGCCAGCAGGGUGGCAUUGAUACUCGUGUGCGUGGCAUCGAGGUGCUGGGCCCCAAGCCCACUUUCUGGCCCAUCUUCAAGGAGCAGCUGUGCCGGCGCACGUUCUUGUUCUACACUACCAAGGCACACACCUGGUGCCAGGAGAUCUCAGAAGAUCGGAUGCAGCUGCUGCAGCUCUUCAACAGGUUGAACAGUGCUCUGCGCCAUGAGCAGGUGUUUGCUGAUCGCUUCCUUCCUGACGAUGAGGCUGCUCAGGCCUUGGGCAAGACCUGCUGGGAUGCUCUGAUCACCCCCUUGGUGCAGAGUAUCACCUCUCCAGACCCCAGUGGUGUCAGCCCCCUGUCGUGGCUUCUGAGCCAAUACCUGGAGAAUUUAAAGGCAGCCCCAGGUGCCAAGAAACAAGCAUCCAUUUUCAAUUCCCGUGUGCGACGACUGAGCCACCUGCUGGUGCACGUGGACUCCAGUAGCCCUGAGCCUGAGGAGCUGAAGCCCCCAGUGAAAUCCAAUGGCAAGAAUGGAAAGAGCAAGGAGUCGAGUUCUGGGGCCGCCAAGCCAGUAGAGAAGAAAGCCAGCAGCACAACCGGCAUCACCCAGUGCUGGAAAGAAGUGGUCCAGCAGCAGGUGAAGCGGUUCCUGGAGUCCUCGUGGCAGGCCCCGGACUUCGUGGAGCAAUAUUGCAACAUCUACCUGCGCCUCCGCACUGCCAUGGAGGAGCUUUUUGGGCAGCAGAUGUCCUUCAUGCUUGCCCUGCGCCAGGGCUUCUCUGGGGGACUGCUGCAGCUCUCUUUCCUGACUGCCAUGCACGUGAGCGAGCAGUUUGCCCGUUACAUCGACGUGUGGAUCCAAGAGAGCUGGGCAGACUCGGGCAACGCAGAGACUCUGCGGCGCCUGCAGCAGAGCCUGGAGCCCGUUCUCUUCCUGUCUGGUCUGGAACUGGCCAACACCUUUGAGCAUUUCUACCGGUACUACCUGGGCGACCGGCUGCUGUCCCAGGGCAAGACGUGGCUGGAGAGUGCUGUGGUGGAGCACAUUGGGCUCUGCUUCCCCAACCGUUUCCCCCAGCAGAUGCUGAAGAACCUGAGCGAGCUGGAGGAGGAGCAGCAGCAGCUUCACCUCUUCCAGCUGCAGCAGCUCGACAAACAUCUGCUGGAGCUGGACCAGGAUGGGAAAUACGGGGAGGAAGAAGAGGAUGAGGGAGCGGUAACAAAGGAAGAGCUGAACGGGCAGGAGGAAGAGUCAGAGGUGAAGGUGCUGGCGCUGUCUCCACGCUGCUGGACCAUCUCCCCGCUCUGCUACCUGGAGGAGCCUGCCAGAUUUUUCCCACCAUCCCUCAGUCAGCACUUGGGCAGGUUUGCUGACUUCUAUACCCAGAGUCAGAGCCGUUUUGGGCUGGAGCACACGAAGCCACGGCGUUUACAGUGGACAUGGCUGGGCCAUGCUGAGCUGCAGUAUCAGGGCUGCAUCCUUCACGUGUCCACCCUGCAGAUGUACAUCCUUCUGUGCUUCAACAGUGUUGAGGAGGUUUCAGUGGAGACAUUGCGACAAGCUACAGGUCUCUCCCUGUCCCUCCUGUGUCAGGCGCUGAAACCUCUGGAAGAGAAAGGUCUCCUGAUCCAGAAUCACGGUGUGCUGAGGCUGAAUGAGAAGAUGCCAACCCUGGAUUCUGGACAAUGCCUGCCCCUGCUACCAAAAUCGCCAUCCUUGAAUGUGGUAGAGAAUGAGGGUAGUGCUCUGGAGAAGAGAAGGAACCUGGUCUGUUGCCUCCUCAUCCAGAUCCUCAAAGAAGAGAAGGCGAUUCACAUUGACAAGCUUGUGUUCAGGGUGAUUGAUGCCUGCCAGAAAUUGGGCUCUGGCUCUGCACCAAAGUUCCUGAGCUACUGCAGCAGCACAGAUAUCUUGUCUUGCAUUCUGCAUCUGCUGAACCAGGGCUCCAUCCAGCGUCAGGAGAAGAGGCCACAGUUCCUGGAGUAUGUCUCCCCAGAUCUCCCACCCCCAGCACUGCCAAAGAACCAGCCUCAAGUAGCAUUUCAAACUGUCAGGAUCAAGAAAGUGCCCAGUGUGCCCUGCAUGGAGAAGAGACACACUUUCUCUACCUUCAGGUAGAACUGACUGCUGCCCUGCUUUCGUGGGACUGUGCGGAGGUCCGGUUGCUUACCAGUGUUGAGAGUGUAAGUUUUGUCCAGUACGUGGCUCUUCCUUCUGGUUGCCACAAGGGAUUCCGGUAAAGAGCAAAGUGUCGAGUCAGCGGCUCAAGCUUUCACUGCAGUUGCUUUGCUUCCUGCUUAGGGUUCGGCCAGUUGCCGCAAGCAGCAGGUCUACAAGAGAGGGGGGUCUGCCAGCGACUGUCCAAUUUCUCUUUUACUGGCUUGCUGGCCGGUCUGCCAUAAUCCUGCUGAGGUGAGGCGAAGGAAGCAGAGCUGGUGCCAGAGAACACAGAAGGCAACACAAGCCUCCCUUGACAGUCCAAAGUAGCUUUUGCAUCUGAAAUCCAAACAACACAGAAAGUUCUCUCUCUUUCCAUUUAUUUAUCUAAUUGCCUUAUUUAUGGAGUAGCACAUUGCCACUGAAGCAUGGUCUCUCUCUCUCACACACACACUCACACACUCACACACACACACACACACACACACACACCCUUCCUUACCCAGAAUGUCUGCAGAAUGGUUGGUCUCUUUCCCCUCCUUAGGAGCACCUUCUCUGAUUAAUGUCUCUGGCAUUAAGGGAGGAGUAGCACCUACCUAUUUGCAGAUUCAUCCUGCUGGAGGCCAAGGCUGGUGACUCAGUGAGCUGAAACUUCUGUUAUUUGGGCAUCCUUUAAGUUGCUUUCUUUUUGAAUUUGUCCUUCAAGCCUGGCAAGCCAGAGAAGAUUUCCCUAAGCGUCCUUUGCCAUCAUCUUUGCCUUUACUUAUGUAAGAAGCCAAUGCAGGUGCACAUAUUUAGCUACUCAUGUACCAGUCUGAUGGGUGUAAUUUGGUGCUAGCUUAGUGAAACGAAACUGUGGGUCGUAAGAACAUAAGAAGAGCCCUGCUGCAUCAGACUAACAGCUCAGCAUCCUGUCUAACACAGUGGCCAACCAGUUAUUUUGAAGGGCCAAUGACAGGGCAUAGAGGCUGAGGCUGUCCCCCAAUGUUGCCUCCUAGCACUGAUAUUCAGAGAUUUCCUUCCUCUGAAUGUGGUGUUUCCCUUUACUUCCGAGUUAAAUGGUGGUGCCUUAGAAUUGUGGACCUUGGGCAAGUGCUGAGGGCCUAUGGGUUCAUUAUCAUUAUCCCAUGAUUAGAACUCAUCAGAAAAGAUGGGUGCUGCUUGUGGCUAUUCCAGGAUUUGUGGAAUCAGAUGCCAGAUUUUGCUUCUGGGCCUCUUCUCCUUAAUUCUGGAUUCCCUCAACCAUACAUAAAUUGUGAGCUGGCCAGUUAUAUGGAAGUACAGUGUGCUUUAAGUGAACUGUAAAGGGCAAAAUGUAAAGAGGUGCAAUAUGAGUGCUGUAGGUGUCAACUGUCAAUCUCAUUUUGGAUAGGGUGAGCUUAAAACAUCACUUUACCUGCUACAUCUCUGGUAGAACCCCUGCUUCUGUCUAUUAUCUGUGUUUCUGGAACAGGCUUAAAAGUGAGAGAGGACAUUUAUCCCUUAUCGGUGCUGCUGUAGCCAUGGUCCUGUUCUCUGCCUAGUCAUUGCCUACAUUCAGUGUACGUAUGGCCCUUUCCCUAUAUAGUUCAAAAUCCACAAUCUGUAACACUUGAAGAGUUCCAAUAAAUAAAAUUUGUCUA